GGGGAUCCUCAUCGUCCGUGCCCCACCCUGACCCAGACCAGACAAUGCGGGCCCACCGCCUCAUUGAGAGAGUGCAGAAAGAGCAGAGGACGGUCUAUUACGGGAUCAAGAAGCCUAAGCCUUUAAUUGUAAUUACCCCGACUUAUGUUAGGACUUUUCAGGCGAUGUAUCUUACCGGAUUGAUGCACUCUCUUAUGCUCGUGCCGUUUGAUUUCACUUGGCUUGUUGUUGAGGCCGGUGGCGUGUCGAAUGAGACCGCUUCGAUUCUUGAUCGUUCUCAUCUUAAUUAUGUGCAUGUUCCGUUCGACGAGGGGAAGAAGAUGCCGAUGGAGUGGGGUGAGAGGAGGAAGAUGGAAGCUCGGAUGCGUCUGCACGCUCUGAGGGUGGUGAGGGAGAAGAAAAUGGAUGGCAUUGUGGUGUUCGCCGAUGACAGCAACAUCCACAGUACCGAGAUGUUCGACGAGAUACAAAAGGUGAAACAUAUAGGAGCGAUAUCUGUCGGUUUCCUCACUCACUCAGACAUCGAAGAAGAAAACCACUCAAUUCCAAUUCAAGGCCCAGAAUGCACUCCAUCAGGAAAGUUCGUUGGCAUGCAAACCUUGGAUCCUUCAUCGAAUAAGCUCGAAUGGGCUGGAUUUGUUUUGAGUUCAAGAUUGCUAUGGGAGAAUGUUGAAGAAAGACCAACUUGGGUUCAGAAUAUUGAUGAUUUGGAGAUAGAGAGCCCUCUAGCUCUGCUCAAAGAUGCUUCUUACGUUGAGCCUCUUGGAAAUUGCGGGAAGAAGAUAUUGGUUUGGUGGAUCCGCUCUGAAGCUCGUGCUGAUAGCAAAUUUCCAGCAGGAUGGGUGAUAGAUUCUCCCUCAAAAUCUCCUCUCCCCUCGGGACACUCCUCGUCGACGUCUGAUUAUUUGACUCGACUUCGACAUGAUAAGAUGAAUAACACCAACAAAGAACAUAUGGAGAGGCAUUUAGAUGGUAAAAUCUAUUUACGACGUGACUGAUGAAUAUACAACAAAGGGGGAAAAAAUACAUAUUAUGUGAUGUGUAUUAAGGAUUUUUGGGAUGUAAUGGGGGCAUUGGAUUUCUAGAUUUCGCAUGCAGUAUUUUUUCCAGAGAGUAGCGAUCCCUCUAUAUAUUGCCUUGGAUUAUUGUAUCAAACACCUUUUCUUCCAUAUUGCAUAAAGAUGUCAAUUGUAAGUUGGUAUUUCUAUUUUGAUCUCGAUCUGAAUACUUGUUACCACUAGAAUCUAGAUCUUGCAAACAUGUUUUCUCU